AUGUCGACAGACAUGGAGGUUGUAAGUGUUCUUCAGUACCUUGAUAACAAAUCCAUAUUGGUCAUUGGAGCUGCUGGGUUCUUAGCAAACAUUUUUUUGGAGAAGAUAUUAAGGGUGGCACCAAACGUGAAGAAACUCUAUCUCCUUUUACGAGCAUCUGAUGGAAAAUCUGCUAGCCAGAGAUUUAACGAUGAGAUUUUGGGGAAGGAUUUGUACAAGGUGGUGAAGGAGAAGUAUGGUCUAAAUCUAAAUCAUCUUAUAUCAGAGAAACUCACUAUUGUCAAUGGAGACAUCUGCCUUGAGGAUUUGGGUCUUCAAGACUCCGAUUUGACCCAUGAGAUGGUCCGAGAACUUGAUGCCAUUGUUAAUUUAGCUGCAACUACUAAGUUUGAUGAAAGAUACGAUGUCGCACUUGGGAUCAACACAUUAGGUGCUCUCAAUGUCUUGAACUUUACCAAGAGAUGUGCAAAGGUUAAGAUCCUUGUUCAUGUAUCGACAGCUUACGUGUGCGGAGAAAAAUCUGGCUUGAUAAUGGAGACUCAAUACCGUAUGGGUGAAACGUUGAACGGAACCACCGGUCUACUAGACAUUGACAAUGAGAAGAAAUUGGUUCAAGAGAAACUUGACCAUCUCCGAGCCGCUGAAACCCCUCCUGAAACCAUCACACAAUCUAUGAAAGAUCUCGGACGCACCAGGGCAAAAAUGUACGGAUGGCCAAACACAUAUGUAUUCACGAAGGCAAUGGGGGAGAUGAUUGUGGGGGAAAAAAGAGAAAAUAUAUCUCUUGUGUUGAUUCGUCCUUCAAUUAUUACUAGCACUUUCAAGGAACCAUUUCCUGGUUGGACUGAGGGUAUCAGGACCAUUGAUAGUUUAGCUGUGGGAUACGGUAAAGGCAAACUCACAUGCUUCCUUACUGAUGUUAAUGCCAUUUCCGAUGUGAUACCAGCGGAUAUGGUAGUAAAUUCCAUUCUAGUAUCGAUGGCAGCUCAAGCCGGUAGAGAGAAGGCGAUUAUUUACCAUGUGGGUUCUUCACUAAGAAAUCCGUUGAAAAAUGAAAUAUUUCCUCAAGUAGCAUACCGGUAUUUCACAAACAAGCCAUGGAUUACCAAAGAGGGGAGGCCUGUUUGCGUAAGGAACAUUGAGAUUCUGAGUUCCAUGUCUAGUUUCCACAGAUACAUGGCCAUACACUACUCAAUCCCAUUAAAGGGACUUGGAUUAGUAAACAUGAUACUUUUCAAGUUGUUAGAGAAAAAGGUUAGGGAUUUUGACAGGAAGAUUAAUUUUGUGUUGCGGCUUGUUGACCUCUAUCAACCUUACCUCUUUUUCUAUGGAAUUUUCGAUGAUACAAACACGACAAAUUUGCAAAGAAUGGUGCUGAAGACAGGAGCUGAAGCUGAAAUGUUCUAUUUCGAUCCAAAGAUUAUCAAUUGGGAGGACUAUUUGGUGAAUACACAUAUUCCUGGGCUGGUUAAGUACGUUUUCUAA